AUGGCUAAAGGCGGUGACAGGCCUGAAGCACGUCUCUUCGAGGAGGAGGUUGGAGAAUGUUUGAAGGAGGCCUUUGGCAAAGACUGGGUCGACAAGCCACCGUUCCGGAAAAUUGACCGCGUGACGACCGAGUGCCAUGAACCGCAGCAUAGGCACAAAGAACCGCCCUCCCGAACAAGCAAUCCCGACUACACGGUGACGAUCAAUGGUGACGACAGGUACGUCAUUGAUGCCAAAUACCAUUCCAAAAGCCAUGUGUCCACCGAUGAUGUGAGCAAGAUUUGGUCAGACAUGAAGUCGCAUGGGGCCAGCAAAGGCGUGUUGGUUGUGAAUCAUGGUCAUUGUCUCAACAAUGUUUCGGCAACUCUGGACCGUACUGCUCAAGAUCAUCACGUGAUCGUCCUGCGCUUUAGCAGUCGAGCCCAGCUCGUGAGUGAUCUGAAAGCCUUACCUCCUCCAGACAAAUCCACAGGACGGCUUGACCAAAGCGGGUUGGACAGGGCAAUCACAUCCACGGCAUCCACGACACUGCUUGCAACCAAAGCAAGUGGUGCAACGGCAACCAAAUCCAACAUAAUGCUUGCAACCAAAGCAGGUGCAGCGGCAGCCAAAACAAAGGGACUGCUUGCAACCAAAGCAGGNNGCAGCCUUUCCCCCUGUUGCUGCAGUCAUUGUUGGUGUCGUGGUGCUCGGAGUCAUUGCUUGCGCCGCAUGGUACUUCUGGGGCCGUUGAUCCCUGGCGCGUGA